AUGACUAUCAAGCCAAGCGAUUACAACAACAACAACGUCUUCAUGCCUAUCCUCGAAUACAAUGGCAAUGCAUCUUCACCAUUCACUCUCGACUCUGGUUCGCUCGGAGCUGGUCCUGAAGGUGUACUUAUGCAACUGACAGCCGCCCAGCAAGCCAAGAUCUCAACCACCGACUACCUCAUGUAUGGCUAUGUGGAAGCGACGCUCCGACACAAUGCUCGACAGGGUCUGGUCGCUGCUUUUAUCACCAUGUCCAACAUCAAAGAUGAGAUCGACUGGGAGUUCACCACUUCGAACUCGUCCUCGGGAAUGAGCAACUAUUUCCGCAUGGGACAGAUAGUGAAGGACUCCGGCGCUACCGUUAGCCCGCCCAACUUUAACGUCAGCGACUGGCACACCUACGGUCUCAACUGGACGAGCAGCCAGCUGCAGUGGAGUAUUGACGGCACUGUGGUGAGAACGCUGACUCGGGCUCAGGCAGGCACCAACUAUCCACGAUCGCCGUCGAGGAUCCAGUUCAGUACAUGGGCAGGCGGCAAUACAACCAACCCGGAAGGCACCAUCGAGUGGGCCGGCGGGCCGAUCGACUGGACUACGCCCGAGUACCAGAAGAACGGCUUCUACUCGCAGGAAAUUAAGCAGUUCAACGUUCAGUGCGCCAGUCUCAGCACCCUCAACCUGACGAGCGUUUCUGCAAGUUCAAACGGCAACGGCAAUGUCACUUCCUUUGUCUACACGGGCGCCAACUCGUCGACGACCCUCGAGCCUUCGUUCGGAACCAGUACCGAUCCACUGAGGACACUUUCAGAUCCAGGCGCGGAUGGCUAUCCAGGCUACCCAGGUUACGGUGUAGACAGCGCGCAGUCCGGUAAGGAUGGCAAGGAUGGCAAAGACGGCAAAAGCUCAAACAAAGACAUUGGCUCUGACAGCAACAGUAAAGACAGAGAUGCAAACAACAAGGACGACUCCGCAAACAGCUCCUCCAUUUCGACUUCGGAUGCUCUCAAAUACGCGCUGCCUAUCUCUGGCGCCAUCAUCGGUUUAGCAGCGAUCUGGGCUGUUGUCGCUUUUGUGCGCAGUCGCCACCUCAAGGCGCCCAUCAUCAACGCGAUCGGCGUGACGGGCGUCAAUGAUCCGCGCUUCAGCGGAUUCGAGAGGUCGUCGAACACUGCGAAUGCUUUGGCCUAUCAGGAUGUGGAGCAAGAGCCGACGAGCAUGUACCGCAACGAGCCCAACAUGAACCUGAUGAUGGGAGGCGGGAUCAUGUCGGAUGCUGGCUUGUCUCAUUUGCAGCGACAGACGACGGGUGGGUCUAGAGUGUCGCGCACCUCGAGCCGCAGCAUCGCUGAUCGAAUGUUGAGGAGCACGAGCAAGGCACAAAGGUAUCAGCAGCUCGACGCAACAUUGGAGGAAGAGGGAAUGGAACAAGUGUCCAGGCAUUCGGUCAGCCGGCCUUUGAACAGCAACAGUGCGGGUGACAGGCCCUUCUUGGUGGCUAGCAACGCUUAUCAGCAUCACGCGUACGAGCAAGCGGCACGAGAAGAGGAGGCGGGCGGGGUCGAACAAUUCGUCGACGAGCACGUCCACCAUACUUACGGCGGUACAGACAGCUACUACGGCACCCCCAUCUCGAGUCCAGCCAAGAGGAACGCCGAGGUGACGAGGGGCUACUACGAGCCAAGCUCUGCGGCCGACCAGUCGUUCGAAGCGUGCCAGCUGCAAUCGCCACAGCGACGUGCGUUGCCCAUAGCGCCGUACACGCCCAACUAUGCGCAUAGUCCCUCUGCGCCUCCUGUGCGACCGUCGGGGAGGAUGUACGACACGCCCAACGUCAACUACUAUCCGACACCCGUGAUGAUGCAGAGCGAAGGAUACGUUCCGACAGCGCACACACCUGCGCACCACACUGACAGUCCGUUUCCGUACGACACCACCCACAGCAAUGGAGCUGCGGGAUACUAUCAAGGAGGCUAUGCUCCUGUGCCACCGCCUCGACACCACUGA